GCGCCGUUAGCCGCGGGACUACAGUGGAGAGGAUACCGGCGGGCCGGGGCAAAGUACACGCUCCACACUCAUGUCUUGACAAUGGGAAGCGUUUGGAAUUGCUGUUAAUGGAGAUAAACUACAUUCAACUGGAGUUCUGAAAAUGAUAGAAACAAUGGAUACACAGCGUGCCUUGCAGGCGGUGGAGCGUCUCCAGGCCAAACUGAAGGAGCGGGGGGAGGUGCCCACUGAGGAGAAGCUCAGCCUGCUCAAAUCUGUGCUCCAGAGCCCCCUGUUCCACCAGAUCUUGGCCUUGCAGAAGUCUGUCCAGCAUCUCAGAGACCAGGAGAGUGUCCAGGUGUCGAAUGGGAGUGACCUCAGCGAUGACGCAGCAGAAGUCCAACCCAAUGGCGGCCACGUUCCCUACUCGGACAUAUCGGAUUCUUCACUCAUCAAUGAAAAGACAUUGUGUGACGAAUUUGAACACAUUGUUAACUCCAUGGCGCAGGGGCGCUGCGUGACACACGUGGACCUACAAAAGCCAGAGUCAGGAGGUCUUGGCUUCAGCGUGGUAGGCCUGAAAAGCGAAAACCGAGGAGAGCUCGGCAUCUUCAUCCAGGAAAUUCAACCAGGAAGUGUGGCUCACUGUGAUGGCAAGCUCAAAGAAGCUGACCAGAUCCUAGCCAUCAAUGGCCAGCUCCUGGACCAGAGAGUGACCCACCAGCAGGCUAUCGGCAUCCUGCAGUGUGCAUCAGAGAGGGUGCAGCUCACGGUGGCUAGAGGACCAAUACCUCAGCUGUCCAGUCCUGCGGUGUCCCGCACGCCCUCGGCUGCCAGUACACUGUCAGCCAGCUCCAGUGCGUGGCAGCAUGUGGAAACGAUUGAGCUGGUCAACGAUGGCACCGGACUUGGCUUCGGUAUUGUGGGAGGAAAGACCACUGGAGUUAUUGUCAAAACCAUCCUUCCCGGAGGCAUAGCUGAUCAGGACGGCCGCCUGCAUAGCGGGGACCACAUCCUGAGAAUCGGAGACACUGACCUGUACGGCAUGGGCAGCGAACAGGUGGCCCAAGUCCUCAGGCAGUGUGGCAACAGGGUGAAGCUGGUGGUCACCAGGGGUCCUGGGGACGAAAAUCCCUCUCUCUCUGCUGUCAUGCCUGUGGUGCUCCCCACUGUCAAUGAACAGGGCUACGAGGAAGAGGAGGAUGAAGCAUUUGAUGUGAGCCUUGUUAAGAACACCCAGGGACUGGGGAUCACGAUUGCUGGCUAUGUUGGAGAUAAAAAUGCAGAGCCCUCUGGCAUUUUUGUGAAGAGCAUAACAAAAGACAGUGCCGUGGAUCAAGAUGGCCGUAUUCAUGUUGGAGAUCAGAUAAUAGCUGUCGAUUGCGUAAACAUCCAGGGAUACACCAAUCAGGAGGCAGUGGAGGUGCUCAGACACACAGGCCAGACAGUCCACCUUAAGCUGAUCCGGCGGGGCUUCAGGCCUGAGGAGAUGCCCCCGAAUGUGGUCCCUGUUGUCAUCGUCCCGUCCCCUUCCACCAGCGUCCCCACCACCACCACCACGGUCGCCAUGAUGGAGCCGGAGCCGGAGAGGAACAAGGCCGAGGAGGCUGCUCAAGAUGAAAAGAGUGAAGGAUCUGAUGUCAGCCCAGCAGAUGAUCCGCUUACAGAGAACGAACAUGGGAUGGAGUUAACACCCUUUGAAGAGGAAGAUCUAAUGAAGAAGUGGCACGAAAUUCUGGGUCCAAACAAUGAAGUUGUAGUGGCUCAGGUGGAGAAGUAUAGCGAGAGCAGUGGACUGGGCAUCAGUCUAGAAGCCAACAGUGGACAUCAUUACAUCCGCUCUGUUCUGCCGGAGGGACCUGUUGGUCGCUGCGGCAAGCUGUUCAGUGGAGAUGAACUGCUUGAGGUCAAUGGUUUAUCCCUGAUUGGUGAAACCCACAAAGAAGUAGUCAGAAUCUUGAAGGAGCUUCCACUUUGCGUCAACAUGACAUGCUGUCGGCCCGCCCCCCCCCUGCAGUUUGACGUGGAUGCCGUCCAACCAGAAUCCGAGACUUUGUCAACAGCAUCACCAUUAAAGAAACAAAUAGACCCGAGCAGCGCACUGGUUGCUGAAGACUCAGAGGAGAAUGUAGCGGCAGCGACACACGGUAAUGUGACAGAGGAGGCGAUAGGAUCUCCUUUGGCUAUGUGGGAAUUGGAGAUCCAGAACAUCGAGCUUGAAAAGGGAGAAGGGGGAUUGGGAUUCAGCAUUCUGGACUACCAGGACCCAUUGGACCCCGUCAAGACGGUGAUCGUGAUUCGCUCCCUGGUUCCCAGCGGCGUGGCCGAACAGGAUGGCAGACUGUUGCCAGGAGACCGACUCAUGUAUGUUAACACCACUAACCUAGAGAACGCCAGCUUGGAGGACGCUGUCCAGGCCCUGAAGGGAGCCAACCUCGGCACAGUCCAGAUAGGAGUUGCCAAACCCCUGCCUGGAAUAUGUGGAUAUUCCCACUCUCCACACCCAUAUGGUGAGCAGGAAAUUACUUCAUCACCCACCAUCCAUUCAUUUGACUUCAUAAAUAUUUGGGUUGAAGAAGGAGAGGAAGAAGGACUGACUGAGGGCAUCGUUUACCGAGCAGAGCCUGCAUUGAUUGACACCUGCGAUGCAGACCUGUCCGAUGAGAAGGUGUUAGAUCUCACUUACUCUGGGAUAGAGGACGACACUUUCCAGGCAUCCAUGAUUGCUCUUCGCGGAAGCAGCUGUAGUGCAGACCUGGAUUACCUGCAGUCAUCCACGCCCAAGAUGACGGCUCGCCUGGACUUGUUGGAUGAGCAUCCUUGCUUUGCGGCGCCGUCCGGCCUCGCAGACGACACACAAGCGUUCUCCCCGGAGAGGCCGGCCUCUCCUCUCACUCCACUGUGUUUAAGAGGUCAUAACCUGACUUUUAAGGCCAUAUUAAGCAGUCCUGAUCAUUUCCUGGAGCAGCACUCGACACAAGAAGAGCCGGCGGAGAGCUCAAACUCCUCCACUCUGGCUGGAAUAGGGAUGAGGUUGGCCUUCCCAGAUGAACCCGUGGAGAACUUUCACGAUGAGAAGGAGCCACCCAUGUCUUAUGAACAUAUUGGAGAUAUAAAGGGCAAGGAGGGUGGUGUGAAAGAAUCAGCAGAAGCCGGUGACAAGGAAGUCCUGACCUCGGGGAGCAAUUUUGAAAGGACCAUCACAGUUGUCAAGGGCAACUCCAGCCUAGGAAUGACCGUGAGCGCCAUGAAAGAUGGUUUGGGAAUGCUGAUCCGCAGUAUCAUCCACGGUGGAUCCAUCAGCCGUGAUGGACGUCUGGGUGUCGGUGAUCUCAUCCUGACCAUCAACGGAGAGCCCACGGCCAACAUGACCAAUGCUCAGGCUCGCGCCAUGCUCAGACGCCACUCUCUCAUUGGACCAGACCUGGGAUCUGCUUGUGCACCUGAGGACGAUCUGUGCCCAUUUUAUGUUAUUACAUAUGUUCCAGCAGAAUAUCUGGAGGAGUACAAGGCCAGCCUCGAGCAGGCGAAAGAGGAUGUCGUCUGUGAAACGGCUCCAGUCCCAGCAGCAGAUCCAAAAGAUAUUCCAAGCCUCCUGGAACGGGAAGAUGGCGAGGGAGAGGAGAGUGCCGCUUAUAGCAACUGGAACCAACCUAGGAAAGUGGAGCUCUUCCGAGCGCCAGGCAAAUCCUUGGGUAUCAGUAUCGUCGGGGGCCGAGGGAUGGGCAGCCGGCUGAACAAUGGAGAGGUGAUGAGGGGCAUUUUCAUCAAGCACAUCCUGGACGACAGUCCAGCUGGACAGUACGGGACCCUGAAGACUGGAGACAGAAUUGUAGAGGUGGAUGGAGCCGAUCUCAGAGAUGCUAGUCACGAGGAGGCAGUGGAGGCCAUACGCAGGGCGGGCAACCCUGUGUCCUUCUUGGUCCAGAGUAUUAUCCACAGGCCCAGGCCCAAGUCAAUAUCGCCUGCCGUAGAGAAACACUCCGCCUCUCUCACAUGCAUGCCACAUCGCACACGUCAGAGGCCGCCCCUGCCCUUUCUGCAGCUAAAUAGCCACCGCGGGUCCAGCCUGUGCUGCAUUAAUCAAACCGACUUAGCGCCUCCCCUCCCUCAGUCAUCGGUAACGGACCCCAGUGAGGAGAGAGCUGCGGCCACGACGAGGGACAACAAGGACAAGGAGGGUUACAGUCACAGUAGACUUUUCCUCCGCCUCUCCCCAACUAACCCUUUCACUCCCACCCCGUUUAAGCCUGCGAAGCGUGAAGCGGCGAGGCCAUCUCCCAGCAGCCCUGUCCUCCUCCUGCCAGUGCUGCCCCAUGUGGGAGAGACUGAUACAGACAUGCUGACAGAGAUUCCUGGCACGCCUGCUGAGGCAGAGGAGGAGCAGGUGGAGGACGAGUUUGGAUGCAAUUGGAAGAACAUAAUCCAGCGCUAUGGCAGCCUCGCGGGUGUCCUCCACAUGAUUGAGCUGGAGAAAGGCAAGACAGGCCUGGGCCUCAGCCUGGCGGGGAACCGGGACCGCUCUCGCAUGAGCGUGUUCGUGGUUGGAAUCGACCCCAACGGGGCGGCCGGCAGGGACGGACGUAUGGAAGUCGGGGAUGAGCUGCUGGAGAUCAAUGAGCAAGUCCUGUUUGGCCACAGUCACCAGAAUGCAUCCUCCAUAAUCAAGAGCUCGCCAUCCCAAGUCAAAAUCAUCUUUGUCAGGAACACGGAGGUGCUGAACCAGAUGGCCGUGGGACCCGUGAGAGAACACGAGGGAGACGCACUGGAGCCCCGCACCGAGGAAGACCGAGGAAUUGGGAUCACGUUUGUGGAGGGAAAUACUGACAGUGAAGUUGAGAUUCAGAGUAUAUCUGAAGUGAAAGGACUCACAGGCAAAGAGGGCAUACCAGCAGGGGGCCGUCUCUUCACUGUGAAUGGUGAAUCAGAGCUCGGCUGCACUGUGGAAACGGCAACCUGCCAGGACGGGGAUAGCUCGGCUGACGUCUUUGCCAGCUUACCCAGCAUGCCUAGUGCCACCACGAGUUCCCCGAGUCAACCACAGGCAGAAGUAGUCACGAGUCAGAGUCGCUCUUCCACCCCUUCCACUCUGGCCAGUGACCCGACGACCUGUCCCAUCAUCCCCGGCUGUGAGACCACCAUUGACAUCUCCAAAGGCUGCACGGGCCUGGGCCUGAGCAUCGUGGGAGGCUGUGACACCCUGCUGGGAGCCAUCAUUAUCCAUGAAGUUUAUGAAGAGGGAGCAGCCUCAAAAGAUGGCAGGCUGUGGGCAGGAGACCAAAUCCUGGAGGUGAACAGCGUCGACCUGCGUGCAGCCACUCACGACGAAGCCAUCAACGUGCUGCGGCAGACCCCACAGAGGGUCCGGCUGGUGGUCUACAGGGACGAAGCCCAGUACAAGGAGGAAGACCUGUGGGACUCGUUCACUGUGGAGCUCCACAAGAAGUCUGGCCAGGGCUUGGGCCUGAGCAUCGUAGGGAGGAGGAAUGACACGGGCGUGUUCGUGUCCGACAUUGUGAAGGGAGGCUUGGUGGACACUGAUGCCCGCCUGAUGCAGGGCGACCAGAUCCUGUCAGUCAACGGCGAGGAUGUCAGGUCGACCACUCAGGAGGCCGUGGCUGCUCUCCUCAAGUGCUGCGUGGGGCCUAUAAACAUGGACGUCGGGAGGUUUAAGGCAGGCCCCUUCCACUCAGAAAGAAGGCUCUCUCAAAGCAGUCAGAUGAGCGAAACGGGCAGCACCAAGGUGGCCUCUCUGUCAUGUUCCGACUCUGGGAACCUUCCCGGGGACCACGACAAACUAAGUCGGAGUCCAGAUUCUCCCGAUCAGGACACCAGGACGGUUGAGUUCAUUAAAGGUCCCAGCGAUUCUCUGGGUAUCAGCAUAGCGGGGGGCGUGGGCAGCCCCCUGGGUGAUAUCCCCAUCUUUAUCGCCAUGAUGAAUCCCGUCGGCCUGGCAGCUCAGACACAGAAGCUCAAGAUUGGGGACUGCAUCGUCAGUAUCUGUGGAACCUCUGCUGAAGGCAUGACCCACUCACAGGCUGUCACUCUGCUCAAGAACGCCACAGGCACCAUACAGCUGCAGGUGGUAGCAGGCAGUGACACCACCGUGACGGGUCCCUCUAAGGAGCAGGCAGCUGGAGGUCUCACGCCCAGCUGCAUCUUCCAGGAUGACCUCGGCCCACCUCAGUAUAAGACCAUCAAUCUCGAAAGAGGACCAGACGGACUGGGCUUCAGUAUCGUCGGAGGGUACGGCAGCCCCCAUGGAGACUUGCCGAUCUAUGUUAAAACUGUUUUUGGAAAGGGGGCAGCAGCGGAGGACGGCCGCCUGAAGCGAGGAGACCAGAUAAUGGCCGUUAACGGGCAGACUCUGGAGGGCGUCACUCAUGAAGAAGCCGUUGGCAUCCUGAAAAGAACCAAAGGAAUUGUCACGCUCACUGUGCUAUCGUAGACACACAUAUGAAAUCACCCAUGAAGAAACACACACACACACACACUGUCUUUACAACUGUUCUUACACUUCUUAUUAAACCCAAUCUUAAUCCACGUCUAUGGAGACUGAAACUUUAAAAUAGGGCGACACCUCGCAUGUGUAAUGUCAUGUCUAGCAGGAAGUAGGAGGACUCAAACCAGCAAAUAUUUCAUGACUGGAAGGUUCCAUGGAAAUAUGCACACUGAAAUAGGGACAACUUUUUUGAUAAUCAUGAAGGAGCUUUAUUUAGCGUUGAACACUGAUCCACGUACGCCUUCAGCAAGUACACUUAUGUAUGUCUCGUUUUAAAAUUGCUUGCAUCGCUGAAACAGUCACCCAAAAUAGUAUGUAAAGUAGAUACAUAAAUAGUUUGCCAGCCAGUGUUUUAAUUUGUUGUGUAAAUCUCAAAGAGGUUGUAAAUAGUAUUUGAAUUAUAGCUCAGUUACAUUCCGUGGUUUAGAUUGAAGUAUUCACUGAAUGUAGUCAAGUAUUUUACUGUUUCCUGUAAAGAAAUUAAUGGUUGUUUUACAAGAGAGAGCAACAUCUGAAUGUUUCUACAGAGAGGAGGCUUAUAUUUCAAGGUUUUUAAACAGUCUACUUAUCGUGUUACAAUCUAAAUUAAGAGCAUGAAACGGCAAGAUAACGCCCAUGAGGUAAUUAACAGAUAAGCAUAAUUUGGCUAAUGGCUGUAUUAGCUAAUGACAGCAUUAUUUGUAUUUUACAUUGCACUGCUGUUGGCAAUUUAUUGUGCUGAUUUUACUGAAAGGCUGAUGCUGCUGUAACUCGUCUUAACCAACUUGAUUUUAAAAAGUGGCUAAUAAAGCAUUUUUAAGUGCUAAUGGCUAGAAGUCUGAUGUUGUAAAUAGUCAAGAAAGAUGUGAAAUCCUUCAAACUAAGAAGCGUGGUUUGAGUGCACAUUUGACAAGAUGAGGAAUUGUGUGUUUAUGUAUGACCUACUCACUGAAAUAUAGUGCUGCUAAAGCCGAUAUAUAAGGUAUUAUCUCAGUAGAUUUUUAAAAAGUAUUAAUUCAUGUUCCCUUCAUGAAAGUGGAAAAUGCAUGAAAUGACCUACUAUCUAGAUGUGAGCGUAUGCGUUUCAUUUGUCAAAUGAUUAUAUAAUGGACCAGAGCUCAUUUUGACCUUAUUGUUUACCUAAAACAAAGUCAUCUAGUGUUUAGUCCCUGAAGUCAGUAGGCUUGUGUUUUGUAGUCUAGUUUAUGAAAAAGUUGUCUGUUCUCUGUCUUAUCAGCGUAUUGUAUGCGUCUCUAGCACUGUCAAUGUGACAGUAUUCAAUUUAUUCACACUGAAUUAAAUAAAAGUGACCUUUGGAUUCAA